GUAUUAGACCCAUUUAAACUCGCCCACCGCCACCUUCCUCCGUUUCGCUCAACCCGAACCGAAACCCUAAUUAAAAUUUCGGGAGAGCGGGAGCGAGCGGCUGCCUGGUCUCGAUUCAGGAAGGCAUUCUCAGAGCAGUGAACUUUCCCGACAAAAAAAAAAACUUGGAAUUCUGCUACUCUUGCUUCAAUGGAACAAGCUCCAAAUCCAGGCAAGCGGAAACUGUCUGAAGAAGAUACAGAGAUCACGAAAGCACUCUCCAGUGGGAAUGCAAGUUCUGAAUCUACUCCAAAGCGUCGAACUCUAUCCCGGACUUGUGUUCAUGAGGUUGCUGUUCCCAAUGGCUAUGUAUCUUCAAAAGAUGAAUCUAUCCAUGGAACCCUUGCGAAUCCCACCUACACUGGUAACAUGGCUAAAUGUUAUGAAUUUGAGCUAGACCCUUUCCAGAGUGUCUCAGUUGCUUGCUUGGAGAGGAAUGAAUCUGUCUUGGUCUCAGCACACACUUCAGCUGGGAAGACUGCUGUUGCUGAGUAUGCCAUUGCAAUGUCCUUUAGAGACAAGCAGAGGGUUAUCUAUACCUCACCUCUGAAGGCAUUGAGUAAUCAGAAGUAUAGAGAGCUAAGUCACGAGUUUACAGAUGUUGGGUUGAUGACUGGAGACGUCACCCUCCAACCAAAUGCCAGCUGCUUGGUCAUGACGACAGAGAUUCUCAGAGGGAUGCUGUAUAGGGGUUCUGAAGUGAUAAAGGAGGUAGCAUGGGUUAUCUUUGAUGAGAUUCACUACAUGAAGGAUCGUGAAAGGGGGGUGGUCUGGGAAGAGAGCAUAAUAUUCUUGCCUCCGCAAAUUAAGAUGGUUUUUCUUUCUGCAACCAUGUCAAAUGCUACAGAAUUUGCUGAGUGGAUAUGUAAUAUUCACAAGCAGCCUUGUCAUGUUGUCUACACAGACUUCAGGCCCACACCUUUGCAACAUUAUGUUUUUCCCAUGGGUGGGUCAGGUUUGUACCUUGUCGUGGAUGAGAAUGAGCAGUUUAAAGAGGAUAAUUUUAUGAAGCUGCAGGAGACAUUUUCAAGGCAAAAGAACCAGGCAGAGGGCAAUAGGAGUGGUGGUUCAAAAGCUGCUGGUCGGAUUGCGAGGGGUGGUACAGCUCAUGCAGGUUCAGACAUAUACAAGAUUGUGAAGAUGAUUAUGGAACGUCAAUUUCAGCCGGUUAUUAUUUUCAGCUUUAGUAGAAGAGAGUGUGAACAACAUGCUAUGUCCAUGGCCAAACUUGACUUUAAUCUGCCAGAGGAAAAGGAAAUUGUUGAGGAGGUUUUCAGUAAGGCAAUACUGUGCUUGAGUGAGGAAGACAGAGCUUUGCCUGCCAUUGAGUUAAUGCUCCCUCUCCUUCAACGAGGUAUUGCAGUGCAUCAUUCAGGACUUCUGCCCAUUGUUAAGGAACUGGUGGAGCUUCUCUUUCAGGAGGGCCUUGUAAAAGCUCUUUUUGCUACUGAAACAUUUGCCAUGGGCUUGAACAUGCCUGCGAAAACUGUUGUUUUUACAUCAGUUAAGAAAUGGGAUGGUGAAGGCAAUCGUCUCAUUGGAUCUGGAGAAUAUAUCCAGAUGAGCGGAAGAGCUGGUCGUCGUGGUAAAGAUGAGCGUGGCGUUUGUGUGAUAAUGAUUGAUGAGAAGAUGGAAAUGAAUGUUCUCAAAGACAUGAUUUUGGGCAAGCCAGCUCCCUUGGUCAGUACUUUCAGACUGAGCUAUUAUUCAAUUCUAAAUCUAAUGAGCCGAGCAGAGGGUCAAUUUACUGCCGAGCAUGUCAUCAAACAUUCAUUCCACCAAUUUCAGUACGAAAAGUCGCUGCCUGAUAUGGGAGAAAGGAUCUCAAAGCUGGAAUCUGAAGCUGCUUUGCUCGAUUCUACUGGAGAGGCUGAACUCGCCGAGUAUCAUACCCUAGGACUAAGUUUAGGUCAGCUUGAAACGAAGAUCAUGUCUGAGAUCACUAGACCUGAAAGGGUUCUGUACUAUUUGGUUCCUGGUAGGCUGAUUAAGAUCAGGGAUGGUGGAACUGAUUGGGGUUGGGGAGUAGUAGUAAAUGUUGUGAAAAAACCAUCAGCAGGAGGCGCUUCUUCUCGUGGUUCCAAUUACAUAAUUGAUACCUUGCUACACUGUUCUCUGGGUGUAAGUGAAAAUGGUUCUCGCUCAAAGCCAUGCCCACCUCGUCCUGGUGAAAAGGGCGAAAUGCACGUGGUCCCUGUACCAUUGUCUUUAUUAUCUGGUCUCAGUAGUAUUAGAAUUGCAGUUCCUUCUGACCUUCGACCUGCAGAGGCACGACAAACUGUACUCCUUGCAGUGCAGGAAUUGGGAAAUCGUUAUCCAGUAGGCCUUCCAAAGCUACAUCCAGUGAAGGACAUGGGCAUCCAAGAUUCAGAAGUUGUUACCUUGGUUCAGAAAAUUGAAGAACUUGAGCAUAAAUUAUUUGCUCACCCAUUGCAUAAGUCUGGUCAAACAGAGCAGCAAUUCAAAUGGUUUCAAAGAAAAGCUGAGGUGAAUGAUGAAAUUCAGCAGCUCAAGUUAAAGAUGAGGGACUCACAGCUACAAAAAUUUCGCGAGGAACUGAAAAAUCGUUCACGAGUUCUGAAAAUGCUGGGUCAUAUUGAUGCUGAAGGUGUUGUCCUUCUAAAGGGACGUGCUGCCUGUCUGAUAGAUACAGGGGAUGAACUGCUUGUCACAGAGCUAAUGUUUAAUGGCACAUUUAAUGAUCUUGAUCACCAUCAAGUAGCUGCUCUUGCUAGCUGUUUCAUACCUGGUGAUAAAUCAAAUGAGCAAGUCCAUUUGAGAAAUGAACUUGCGAAACCUUUACAACAGCUUCAGGAUAGUGCAAGAAGAAUUGCAGAGAUACAACGUGAGUGCAAAUUGGAUGUAAAUGUAGAUGAAUAUGUGGAAUCAACAGUGAGGCCAUACUUGAUGGAUGUUAUAUAUUGUUGGUCAAAGGGGGCAACAUUUGCAGAGGUGAUUGAAAUGACUGAUAUUUUUGAGGGAAGCAUCAUACGCCUUGCAAGAAGGCUGGAUGAAUUUCUGAACCAGUUGCGUGGUGCUGCACAUGCUGUUGGAGAAGCUACUCUGGAGAAAAAGUUUGAAGCAGCCAGUGAUAGCCUCCGACGAGGGAUCAUGUUUGCCAACUCCUUGUAUUUGUGACAUGCUCAUUGAGUUUCUUCUCUGUACUUAUAUGUUGUUGUUCAGUCAGUGGCCUGCUGUGUUCUUGGGUCCCAUAUGCAAAAUCAUGGUUUAAGUUCCCGUGGAGAAGCUCAAGUUAUGUGUACCCACACUCAGGACGGCAAAACUUCUCAGGGCAGCUUAAUUACUAGUACUAGAUUACUAGUAAUACUGCAUUAGUUGCUGACUUCUCAUCUAGCAAAAAGUGUACAACUGUUGAGGAGAGGAAUAUUGAUGUAAGCGCGUCUCAGGAUUGAGAAAAACGAUACCUAAUCGUUUGUUAAUUGAAAAUUUGAUUUAUCAUGGUUUA